AAAUUGUCAAAUGAUACAUGUGGGAUGUGGCAACACCCAACCUUCAAAGCUCAACUUCAUUGAUGCUCACUCUCACUCAAAACCAAGUACGGAGUAAUUUACAAUUUUACACUUUCUCUCUCUAUAUUUCAUAAAGAAGGAAUCCUUCUCUCCGGCAACUGAUAUUUGCCGGACCACGCAGAGAGGAAUCCGAUGAAGCGUCGCGGAGGCCGUGGAGGGCAGAGCAUGACAGUGAUGGCCGCCGGCGUGGAUGCCGACCACCGAGUUGACUUGGCGGCGAAGGUGAAGAAAAUGAAGAAUCGGGUGAAAUUCGAGCGGAGAUUGGUGAAAUACGAGGCAUUGCCGGAUUAUUUGCAGGACAACGAAUUCAUCCGCGACUACUACCGCUGCGAAUGGCCGCUCAAGGAUUUGGUUCUCAGCGUCUUCUCUUUGCACAAUGAGACUCUCAACAUCUGGACGCAUUUGGGAGGAGCUAUGAUAUUUGUGGCGUUGACGGUGAUGAGCUUGACGGAGAAAGCAUCGUUGGAGAAUCUGCUGGUCGCCAGUAAUUUCCUCAGGUGGGAGGCCACAUCAGUGAAGCACAAUAAUUCAGCAGCUGCUUUCCGGGUGAGCUAUUGCACUCUGCCUCACUUGGAAUCUUAUCCAAGAAAAUUUCCAGAGUCAUCGAUCCUGUAUAACGUGAUCAACAACAAUGGAGCUAAUUCAGUUAUGAUUCCCACAUGGCCUUGGUUUAUAUUCCUUGGAGGGGCGACCUGCUGUUUGGUAGUAAGCUCGGUAUCCCACCUAUUCGCUUGCCACUCACGGCGGUGCAGCCUCCUUUUCUGGCGCCUUGACCACUCCGGGAUCUCACUAAUGAUAACAACCUCCUUCAUUGCCCCCACUUACUACAUCUUCUCCUGCCACCCUGUUUGGCGCCUCUUUUACUUCACUUCCAUCACUGUCUUAGCCACCCUUGCCGCCAUCACACUUCUAUCGCCCGCCCUCUCCUCUGGUCGCUUCAGAUCCUUUAAAGCGACCAUUUUCGUGACGCUGGGACUCUUCGGGAUUGUCCCAGCUGUGCACACCGCAUUACUCUAUGGGCACCACCGUCAGGUUGCGGUGGCUCUCGGUUGUGAGAUUGCCAUGGGGGUUUUGUACGCGGUGGGGGCGGGGUUCUACGUUGCUAGAAUCCCAGAGAGGCUGCGACCGGGCGGGUUUGAUCUUGUUGGGAGUAGCCACCAGAUCUUCCAUGUGUUUGUCGUUGCGGCCGCGCUGGCACACUGUGUGGCCACACUAGUGGUUAUGGACUGGCGUAGGGGAUUGCCGCUCUGCAGCCUUUAGCCGGGUCUUAGUGUGACCCCAGGGGCGUAGCUGAGGGAGGAUUCAGCCGGGCCCGACCCACCCCGAGUUUGAAAAAAACUUCCAUGUAUGCUAUAUGUAAAACAUUAUGAUGAAAAAAUUAUCUGGAAAAAAAUGUUUGUACCAGCUCAGUCUAAGUUAUUCUCCUGGCUACACCCCUAGUGACCAUAUCAUAGACAUAUACAGAGUAUAAAUUUAUCAACAGUGAAUGCAAGGCUACAUUUAGUGGAAUUUGUCUUUCCUUAUAUGUAUGUAACUAUGUAUACACGCACACAGUAAUUGAGAUACCCAAGUUGUGUUUCUUCUAUGUAUUGCUGAAGGCACUUCAUUAAGAAAACAAUUGUUCCUUGUUAAUAGCACACUUGUUUUAC